GUGGGGACAGGCCGGUGGGUGCCCGUGGGGCAGAGAGAGCCCGGCGGGGAGAAGCGGGUGGCAGGAACCGGUCUGGCAGCCCGGCCAGUCACCGGUUUCGGCUAAUCCCGCCGAAAGCUGCCGGAGCCACGCUCCCGCCGGUUGCCCUUAACUCCUGGCUGCCCGAAACACGUGCCACGUGCCGUCCCGGUACUUGCCGGAGACCUGCCCUCGAGGUCGGCGGGGUGACGACCGAGCCCGGCACGGUGCCGUGGUCCGUGGCGGCACCCCGGAGCCGCUGCGGGCUGUCAGCCGCCAUCGGGGCUCAGCCCUGGGUUCCCCCAUCAUGAAUAUUCAGCCGUGCCCUGGCCCGGCCCCGUUGUUUGCUCAGGCAAGGAGGGGUUUGGUCGAGGGUUCACCUUGACGGGGAGCAAACGGGGCAGCGGCAGGUAGACGGCACCCUGCCCGUGCACCGCAGCCGGAGCCGCCCCGGCACCCCUGGGAACCCCGGGCUGGGCGGCCGCAGCGGAGGCGUGGGAGGUGCAGGGGCCGGCGGCGAUGGCCGACAGCCAUGGCUGGUGGAAGCUGACCUUCCUGCGGAAGCGCCAGUCAGCGCCCAAGGUGCUGUACGAGAACCCCGACAGCCACGCCGCCGCCGGCGAGAGCCAAGAGGGGCCGGGUGAGGAGGGACCGCCCGGCUUCGCCGCCCGCCUGGAGAAGAUCGUGGACAAGAAGCAAGGCAAACACGUCAAGGUCUCCAACUCGGGACGCUUCAAGGAGAAGAAGAAAGUGCGGGCGACGCUGGCUGAGAAUCCCAACCUCCGUGCCGCCGGCGAGCGGGAGGAGAAAUGACCCGGCCGGUUGUCACCCCCCGGCCACCGCCACCGGCUGUCCACAGCGGCUUGACUCCAUCCCCUCGCGGGGACGCUGGAUUGUGGGGCUUCGGAAGCAGAAAGGACUUGGACUGGGGUUUAUUUAAGGGAGAAACGAGGACCCUGUUUAAUUGCAGCCCCCGGGCUCGCGGCACCCCAGGGGCAGAGGGAGAACCGGGGAGCGGAGCCAGGUGCACCCCCUCCU